AUGGAAGCGAGCGACCUGGUGGUGGCGGCGGUGGUGCGGGCUGCAGCGCGGCAUCUCGGCGCGCAGCACUAUCCUCCAACAGCAACGAAUCCAUGCGCCGCGCUCCCCUCUAGCGGCCGUCCCGUCAUCAGGAGAGGAAUCCCGCCAUGGGGGGGCGAAGACGCGAGGGCCAAGAGAAUUAGGCUGGAGGAGGAACCCCGCCGCCAAGAACUGCCACCCCUCGGAGGAGAUGGCGACGGCGGCGGCGGCGACCCCGAUCUGAUCAGCCGCCUCCCCGACGAGGUCCUCGGGGACAUCAUCACCCUUCUUUCCUCCAGGGCCGGCGCUCGCACGCAGGCCCUGUCCCGGCGGUGGCGGCCCCUCUGGCGCGCCGCGCCUCUCAACCUGGAGGUGGGCUACGGCCUCUGCGGGCAGCAGGCGAAGCAAGCCGCCCUGGCCACCAAGAUCCUCGCCGGCCACGCCGGCCCUGGCCGGCGCUUCGCCCUCAAAUGCUUCCGCCUCCGCAACCGCCUCGCCAUGGUCGACGGCUGGCUGCGCUCCCCAGCCCUCACCGGCCUCCGUGAGAUAUGGUUCAGCUACGCAACCGAGGGCGAGCAGUGGCCGCCGCCGAUGCCGCCGUCCGCGUUACGGUUCGCGGCCACCCUAUGCGUCGCUAAAUUUGACUACUGCGAGUUCCCCAACGAGGUCGCGCCGUCGCUGAAGUUUCCCAACCUCAGGGAGCUUUCCCUGGUCAAGGUCACCAUAGCAGAGGACGCCCUUCACAGCCUGCUCGCUGGCUGCUACGUUCUGGAGAUCCUUUUGCUGGACGGGAAUCAUGGCAUUGGUCGCCUGCGCAUUAGCUCGCCAACUCUGAGAAGCAUUGGCUUCAGUGGACCUUGGGAAGAAAAAGAAGAAGAAGAAGAAGAAGGCUCGGAGGCCAUCAAGUUCCAGGAGCUGGACGUCGAGGACGCUCCUCGCCUUGAGAAAUUGUUGCCGCUUUACCCCGAUGACGGUCCGGCAGCCAUCCGUGUGAUGAGGGCGCCUAAACUCGAGACAGUGGGAUUGCUUUCAGCUGCCAUCUCCAAACUCGAGUUUGGAACCACAGCUUUUCAGGAAAUGAUUGCCCUAAACUUGGGAACUUCGAUGACCACUGUAAAGGUUUUAGCCCUUGAGUCUUUGGGGCCUAAUCUGGACUCAGUUGUUGACUUUCUCAAAUGUUUCCCCUGUGUGGAGAAACUAUAUAUCAAAUUUAACCGACUGAAGACUAUGAAAAAUGCACGGACCUAUAAGUCUUGGGUUCCCAUUGAAUGCCUUGAGCUUCAUCUCAAAAAAAUCGUUGUGAACGAUUAUCGUGGCAUGAGAGCAGAUGUUGACUUUGCCAAGUUCUUCAUAUUGAAUGCAAAGGUGCUAAAGGAAAUGUAUUUUGGAGUCGUCCCCAGCUGCAACGACAAGUGGAUGGCUAACCAACGUCGACGACUUCAACUGGACAACAAAGCUUCACCAGGAGCUCGAUUUGCAUUUGAAAGCGGUGCACGCAAUUCUCUCCCCAAAUUUGGGAAGGAAGAUCCCUUUGAGUGGUUUGGCCAGGAAUAUUUCUUUAGAUUUGCUAGAAUGUUGGAUUGAUCAGUAAGGGGACCGACUAGCUUGUAAUACUUUUAUAAUAUAAUGCCACAGGGGAGCCAAAAUAAUGCUGGAGAAUUUGAUGGUCGUU